CACGAAGUGCCACUGGAAAGCACAGGGAGUGUAUAACGCAAUGCCUCGUUAUCUCACUGGGAUGGAUGCCUGUGAUACAGUAAAGUGUGAGGAAGGUUAUUACAAGUGUCCACAGAGUUACUGCAUACCUAUAAAGUUUGUGUGCAAUGGCAUCAUGGACUGUGUUGAUGGGGCAGAUGAAAGUGUAUGUGAUAAAUACAAAUGCCCAGGCUACUUUAGAUGCAGAAAGAGCACGACAUGUAUCCGUCUACAAGAUGUGUGCAAUAAUAAAAUUGACUGUCCAGAGGGUGAUGAUGAGAUGUCUUGUCAUUUCUCAUGUUCCCCCACAUGCAACUGCACUGGUUCUGUUCUCAAAUGUUCAGGGCCCUUUCAUGGUAAUGAAACAUUUGGAUCAUUAACACGAAAGUUAGACUUGUCAUCAUCCAAUCUCGACCAUCUUACAGACACCAGUUUCCAGGGGCUUCAUAUGCUUGCUGUACUAAUAAUGUCAAACUGUCAUAUUGAAAAUUUCCUAUGGAAUAUUUGGGAACUAAAGAAUUUAAUAUCAUUGGAUCUAAGCAACAAUAUUAUAACAUUAAUAGGACAGGAUACAUUUAGGGGAUUGCGUAAUUUGAGACACCUUGAUCUCUCGGAAAACAGAUAUUUAACUACAAUUGAGAUUGGUGCUUUUGAUGACCUUCAACAGUUGGUGGAACUGCGACUGGAAUACACAGGAAUCCAGACACUCACACCACACUUAUUUUCUGAACUAUCGAAUCUUAACUUUCUGAACUUUUCGUUCUCAGAUUUACGGUACAUUGAAGACCAAACAUUUGAAAACCAGACAUCUCUUACUAAGUUAGAUCUUCAUCAAACCAAAAUAACAGACUUUGGAGAACACAUAUUUGAUGGUCUAGCUGAGCUUAAAUUCCUUCGAACUGGUAUCUUUACCCUAUGUUGUCCUCGUGUCAGACCACCAUCUGUUCAAGACGACAAAUGUAUCGCUCCAAAAGAUGAUUUCUCGUCAUGUGAAGACCUCAUGCAGAACAAUGUCCUUCGUAUAUUUAUUUGGGUUCUUGGAAUGGCUGCACUUGUUGGAAAUAUUUUGAUAAUUUUCUACAGGCUGUCUUUCGAUAAAUCACCAUUAUCAAAAGGAUGUGGGUACUUUAUACUAAAUUGGAUUUUCGGAUUUGUGAUGGGUGUUUACUUGAUUUUUAUUGGAGCAGCAGACAUGCUUUAUCGAGGGAAGUAUCUUUGGUAUGGAAAUAUCUGGAAACAGAGUCCAUGGUGCAAAAUCGCCGGAUUUCUCUCAACAUUGUCAUCUGAAGCAUCUACUAUGUUAAUCUGCCUUAUAUCUCUUGACCGUUUUUUGGCAAUAAAGUUUCCAUUUGGACACGUUAGGUUCAGUCGAAAGUCAUACAUUGUUGCGUGUGUUCUUGCCUGGCUUCUAGCCACGGUGAUGGCUUUGGUACCGCUACUCCCUGCAACAAGCCACUGGAAUCUCUAUGGCCGAAACAGUGUUUGUCUGGCUCUCCCUCUUUCAAGAGAUCGGGCACCAGGAUGGCAGUAUUCUACCAGCAUCUUUAUUGGAUUCAAUCUUUUGGCAUUUACCUUCAUUGCUGUUGCACAAAUCAUCAUCUAUCAAGCGAUGAAAAGUGGUUCACUUGUCAAAGACAAGAAGCGACUGGCACAAGAACGUUCGGUAGCUCAGAAACUUACUCUGGUGGUAGUAACUGACUUCAUCUGCUGGUUUCCAGUAUGUAUAAUGGGACUGGCUGCGCUAGGUGGAGUUCCUAUUGCUGGAGAUAUUUAUGCCUGGACAGCCGUUUUCAUAUUGCCAAUUAACUCUGCUUUGAAUCCGUUCCUCUAUACCUUCUCAGCUUACAUGCAAAAGCGGAAAGAAGAGUCUAAAUCAGAAAUGAAUCCUAUGAAAAUGAAUCCUAUGAAAAAACAUUUACAGAAUUCCACUAAACUCUCUGAAGUUUCUGGUGAAGACAACCCAAGAAAGAAACUUGAUGGCAAGAAUGUGUUUGUUGGAUGCCCAGAAGAGGGAAUGCAGCAACUUCAGUCAUAUCUGCGAAGAGUCUCGCCUUUGGAAGCAGUCUCUACCAUGGCAGCUGUGUUCGAAGCUAUCCCAAUCAUAGACAAGACCUUUGGAAACCAUGACCCACUUACUGGAGAAAACAUUUUUAUUGGUUGUACGAAAAAGGACGUGGAAAGAAUCUGUUUCAACGUGAAUGUGUCUAACAAAGGAUGCGUUUCUACUAUGUUGGAAGAUUUGCAAAACGUGUGCUUGGUGUUUCAAAACCUGCAGCAGAAAUAUUAACUAUUAAACGUGUUGAUUACUAACAAUUAAUAAGUAAAUAAAAUUAGUAUAUUAAUUUUAAAAAACAACAAAACCCCAAAAAUCUUGUACGUGCAUAACCUAUCCAUCGCAUCGAUGGAUAGGUUAUGCACGUACAUCUGUGAAUGCGUAUAUGUAGGCAUGUUGAGUCAUUUAAUAUAUUCGGGCCAUAUUUAUUCUUCAGUUGUAUCUGUACUUUUUAUAGACCUGUGGUGACUUUUACUAUAGAGUCCAGUCAACUUAUAAAAUAACCUACCAAAAGGUGCAACAGAAAACAAAUAUUCACCACUUAUCUCAGAAUGCACACACUUCGAUAUAAAACGUCCAUCAACGUCAAAACAGUGGAACAGAGUCUAAUUUGCAUAAAUCCAAUAUGACUGCCAUGUUAAUAAUUACGCAGUUUUCACUUGUAAUCAAGAUCAUUUCAAUGUUUAUUCAAUGAUAAUAUAGUUAUAUAGUAUGAAAUAUCAAUAGCAAGAACUACAGGUAUUUUAUUAGCAAAAUCGCCCCACAUUGUGCAGUGUUUAGAAGUGUUCCCAGACAUCAGUUAAUUAGAAAUCUGGUAUUGAAUUGUGGCCAGUGAUUUGUGUUAAUGAUAAUAUAUAUAUUGUUUCCUAUAUUCGUGUUAAAUGUUAGUAGGUUGAUCAGAAAAUAUCGAUGUACUGCAGUAAAAAAUAUAUUCCCAUUAAAUAAUGCACGCACGCAUGCGCACACAUAUAUAAUAAGGUUUUAUUUGUAUAAUAUGUAUUUCAUGUGGUGUGUGGGGGGGGGGGGGGGGGGUCUAUUAUUGUCAACAAACCGUAAGGCAGAGAUGAAUUUUACUUGUAGAAUGCAGGAAAUUGCAUUUUAGGACAUCUAGGACAUCAAAAUGUUUUGAGGGAGCAUACCACCGAAUCCCCUAGAAACUUUGCUUUGCACCGUUGAUCUCAGUCAUCCCAUCUCAUAUCAAAGUAAGUAUAUUAAAAAUGUUAUAUGAAAAUCAAACUGUUUUAAAAACUUCAAAAUUAAUUCUGGUUGGAAUUUAAAAGAUUCCAAAACAUUUCUGUUGCCAAAUAUAUCAUUUCUUGUCGACUUCAGAUGAUCACACUCCACACAAAUGUGGCGCACAGUCGGUGUCAGAGCAGGAGGCUCUUUCUUUAAAAUAAAGGAAUGCUUCAAAUACGUAUGGCCGAGACGGGCACGGCACAAGACUACAUCAACCUUCCUGCACCGUAUGUAGGAGGACUGCCACUCCCAGGACAGUCUCGACAGAAUGAAGCUUGUUCUCGAUCGCACCUUCCCAAUCAUCUUGCUAAGUCGAAAUGAUAUAUAUGUUGGAUAAUUUGAUAUUUAAAAUCACUGUAGGGGACAGCAACACCGACAUGGGGCAAAUUCAAAGCAGACUUGUAAAUAGCAUACUAAAGUUCUCGACCUGGACCUGGUCAGAUAUUCUAUGCUAUUUUAUACAUUCAGCUUUCACGACUGAUCAGAGGUAGAUUUGUGUUGCAUUAAAGGGACAUUCCUGAGUUUGCUGCAUUGUAAGAUGUUUCCGACUAAUAAAAUAGUUCUACGAUUAAACUUACAUUUUAAAUAUAUGUUCUGGUUUAGAAUAUCAGUGUCUGUAUA